AUGUCAGCAAAUACAUGUAGUGGCUGUGGAGAGCCUUUGCCUGGCUCAGAAUUCUUAAAAUGUUUUGGAUGCCAAGAUAAGUACGACCUCAUUUGCCUCGGAAUCGAGCAGGCCGCAUUUCUCAAGCUCAGCAAAGACCAAAAAGAACAAUGGAACUGUCCUUCGUGCACCUGCUCACGACCUAAAGGAGAUAACACGCACACGCCAAUUCGUAGCUCUGCAGCGCUCCUACGAACGGAAGUAAUGGCGUUAAAAGAACAAAACUCCGAAAUUUCAUUAUUAAGACAAGACGUUCAGGAACUAAAAGCUCAACUCGCCAAAGCAACCACUCAUACAGAGUCCUUGAAAGAGCUUGAGAAAAAACUUUCCAUGCAACAAUCAAGUAUCACCGAACUAACUGAUGCACUGGAACAACUCCAGCAAUCGUAUAACACGCAUGAGCAAAAUAAUCUCCACGACGAGUUAGAAAUAGCGGGCAUUGAGGAAUCCGACAACGAGAACCUUCACCACAUCGCACUCGUGAUGUCCUCAAAACUCGGUGUAGCCCUGACAGAUGCGGAGGUGAGCCAAGUCUUCAGAACUGGGGCUAGACGUCGGCUGAGCAAUGUGACGGUGCCUGGCAAAAGGCAGCAGCCGCGUCCCAUAGUCGUCAAACUUACGAGGCGGUCCAAACGUGAUGAGUUAGUGAAGGCCGCUAGAAAUCGACGACAUUUUACAUCUGAGGAUAUUGUGGCGGGCAUGGUCACUAAAGUGUAUCUAAACGAAAGGCUUACGAAACACAACCGGGCUCUUUUUCAUGCCGCCAGACAACGGUCCUCCCAGUAUCACUAUCGGUACUGCUGGACCAGCAAUGGACUCAUCUACGUUCGUAAAGCGGAGGGAAAACCGGCACUGCAAAUACGAUCGCUGCCUGAACUCGACUUGCGGGUGGGACCAGCCAAUUCGGACCCUUCUAUGGAGCAACAACUCGAUACUGACUCAGCGCAAUAGGCCGUCACAUCGGAUGCCCAGGAAUAUA